AUGGAGGGUGGCUACACAGACGACCCAAACGACCCAAACUACAUAAGCGAUAAGGAGGAGACGAGGCCUGUCCCUCGAACAACCGAGCAGCUCGACAAGUUCAAGAAGAAGGGAACCGUGAUGGUCGAGGAGUACUUCUUCAAUGACGACCUCACUUCAACUGCCAACGAGCUUCGGGAGCUCGACUCUCCAUCCCACCCCUUCUACUUCGUCAAGAAGCUCAUCUCCACUGCCAUGAACCGACACGAUAAGGAGAAGGAGAUGGCCUCCGUCCUCCUUUCUUCCCUCUACAAUGACGUAAUUACCCCUCAACAAGUCUACAAGGGCUUCCAAAAGCUCGUCGACUCCACCGACGAUCUAAUCGUCGACAUUCGUGACGCGGUCGACGUGCUUGCCCUUUUCAUAGCACGAGCUGUCGUGGACGAUAUUCUCCCUCCAUCUUUCCUCACCAAAACAACAGCUUAUCUGAAGAAGGACUCGAAGGGUGUCGACGUAAUUAAGCGCGCCGAGAAGGGCUACCUUUCGGCCCCGCUCCACGCAGAAGUCAUCGAGCGGUGCUGGGGCGGGAGUCGGAACAAGACGGUCGAAGACCUCAAGUCGAAGAUCAACGACCUUUUGGUCGAGUACGUUGCGAGUGAAAACGUGAAGGAGGCUUGCCGGUGCACAAAAGACCUAAACGUCCCUCACUUUCACCACGAGAUCGUGAAGCGCGCGAUCCUCAUGGCCAUGGAGAGGCAAAAGGCCGAGGCCCGUCUUCUCGACCUCUUCAAACAGGUCACCGAGGAUGGCCUGAUCAACUCUAGCCAGAUAUCCAAAGGAUUUGCACGAAUAAUCGACUCGGUCGACGACCUGUCGCUCGACAUACCGAACGCGAAGGUCUUACUACAGUCGUUGAUCUCGAAAUCCGCAUCCGAGGGCUGGCUCUGCGCCUCGUCACUAAUCCCUCACCCCACCCCCGGGAAAACACACAGUCGAGGAAGUCAGACUCAAAGCGUUCAAGAAAAAGGCAGAGUCAAUCGUGCGCGAGUAUUUCCUCUCGGGUGA